AGAUGGUGACACAUGAAGCGGGCCGGGAGGACCAUGGUUGAGCAGGCCAGCAAGUUCUUGCUGAUCGUGGCCGGCUCGGUGUGUUUCAUGCUGAUCCUCUACCAGUACGUGGGUCCUGGGCUGAGCCUGAGCUCGCCCGGAGGAAGAGGAGGAGGAGGAGGACGGUCCUGGGGGGAGGACCCGGACCCCUUCCCCACCCCCGACCCGCACUACGUGAAGAAGUACUAUUUCCCCCUGCGGGAGCUGGAGCGGGCCCUGUCCUUCGACAUGAAGGGCGAGGACGUCAUCGUCUUCCUGCACAUCCAGAAGACGGGCGGCACCACCUUCGGCCGCCACCUGGUGCAGAACGUGCGGCUGGAGGUGCCCUGCGACUGCCGGCCCGGGCAGAAGAAGUGCACCUGCUACCGUCCCAACCGUCGGGAGACCUGGCUCUUCUCCCGCUUCUCCACCGGCUGGAGCUGCGGGCUGCACGCCGACUGGACCGAGCUCACCAACUGUGUGCCAGGCGUGCUGGACAAGAGGGACAGCGCCGCCCUCAAAGCGCCCAGGAAAUUCUACUACAUCACCUUGCUGAGAGACCCCGUGUCCCGGUACCUCAGCGAAUGGAGGCACGUGCAGCGCGGGGCCACCUGGAAGACCUCCCUGCACAUGUGUGAUGGCCGAACGCCAACCCCCGAGGAGCUGCCGUCCUGCUACGAAGGCACGGAUUGGUCGGGGUGCACCCUUCAGGAGUUCAUGGAUUGCCCGUACAACUUGGCCAAUAACCGCCAAGUGAGGAUGCUAGCAGACUUGAGCUUGGUGGGCUGCUAUAACAUGUCCUUCAUCCCGGAGAACAAACGAGCCCAGGUCCUUCUGGAGAGCGCCAAGAAGAACCUCAGAGACAUGGCUUUCUUCGGGCUGACCGAGUUCCAGCGGAAGACGCAGUACCUCUUCGAGAGAACUUUCAACCUGAAGUUCAUCCGACCCUUCAUGCAAUACAACAGCACCAGGGCGGGCGGGGUGGAGGUGGAUAAUGACACCAUCAGAAGGAUUGAGGAGCUCAAUGACUUGGAUAUGCAGCUCUAUGACUAUGCAAAAGACCUCUUCCAACAGCGCUACCAGUACAAGCGGCAGCUGGAGAGGAUGGAGCAGAGGAUAAAGAAUCGGGAGGAGAGACUUCUUCACCGGUCCAACGAAGCGCUUCCCAGGGAAGAGACCGAAGAGCAAGGACGCUUGCCCACCGAGGACUACAUGAGCCAUAUUAUAGAGAAAUGGUAGCCAAGGCAGACUUUUCUACUGAUCGGAUUCUAGGGUUUCGAUACGAAAGACUGUCAUUGUCGAGGAAGAGUGGGGUAAAAGUAACCCCACAAAACUUUUAUUUAAAACAAAAAAUCACGUCUGUUUAACAGAAAGUAGUUACUUCUUUAAGAUGUGGGGGGUGGGGGGAGGGGCCGGGAGGGUGCGGGAAUCUUUUUACUAUUUCUACAAGGCCAGAGGUUCUUAAAAAAUAAAUAAAUGAAAACAAAAAAAAAAAUGGGUCAAAGUCAACACGUACUUAAAAAAAAUGCACAAGUUCAGCUCCCCACACCAAGGCCAGUGCAAUGUAAUAUUUCUUUCUCCAAACUCAGAUGAAGGGAGGAUUCUCUCAGAUCAACUUCCUGAGUUGCAAAACAAACAUGACAAAAGGCAAUAUGUCAAUGUUUUAAAAAAAAGAAAGAAAGAAAGCCAGGGGAGAGAGAUGAUGUGCCGGUUGUGCUGUUUAUCUGCAAUCUAACCACAGAGAGCCGUGGCCCUGAUUCAAGUAGCGGCUGCUGCGAAGAAAAGUGGAACAAAAUAAAAUAAAAUAAAAUUUAAAAAAAACAGCAGAGAAAGGGCUGAAAUGAGAAAAACUAAAGCAAACUCUGGAGUUGGCCUAGAAUGCAUUCUGAGCACAGAGGUUUGAAAGACACUUCGCUGGUGUCACGGGCUGACUGCUUCAUCACAGAGCUGAUACAGCUUCAAAGUGUAGGAUUGGUCCCAGAAUUCUAAUUGAAUUCCAUUUAGAAUAAAACAUACACGUACUUACAAGCACAUGCGUCACUUCUUUUAUAUGUACAGUCAGUGUAACCUUGAAACAGCACAUGAACCUUUUUUUAAUGCAUCUAGUAGAUCAAGUAGAGCAUGUAGAUUGUUCUCAGAAGGUCACACUUAGGCCCAAGAAGAAGCAAGCCCUUAUGCUAGGGUUUGUAACUAACGCUGAUUUGAAGCGUGAAUUAGAAUGGGCAUCUUUAUUUAUUAAUGCGCCUCUAAGAUAUGUUUUAAUUGUUCAAAAGUGAGGUUUCCUACCCUGCUGCUCUCUUCAACAGUCCACAUCGCUCACGUUUCGUUCAGCUUCAUGGUCUCCCUUCUCCCUUCUUGUUUGUAGAGUAACGAAAAGGCAGAACUGCAGGAAGAAAAGACCGGUUUUUUGCUUCCAGCCCUGCUGGUAUAAGUGUCCUUUUUUGGUAUUUCUUUUUCUUCCUUUUAGAAGUCAUGUUUCACUGUUCCACUUAGUAUCAAUAUAAGCAAUUCCUAAGAACUCUUUUGGGUGAAAGAAACAGAGUGGGCUAUUUACCCUUUUCAUGUGUUAUUGUUUUCCACAUCCCCAAACUAUGUGAAAAUUUUUACUGAUCCUAUAAAUACUUCUGGAUUGAUCCUAGACAUGGAAAAAAAGCCAUUUGGGGGUCUUUUGAACAUCCCUCCCAUUCACCACCCCUAGCUUUUAAGCUAGCUAUUGGGAAGGGGAAAGUGUGAAUCCACUGGAAGACAGCUUGAUCUUUUUGUGAGAAUUCUACAUCAAGUGCGGGAGAGGAAUUACGGGAUGGUUUGAGGAAUAUGUUGGGUCCAACGAUUCGUUUCUACCAAAAGGCUUUUUUCUCAUCGUGGGAUUGCACUGAAAUGUUUCUUGUUUUGUAUUUUAAUUCUGUGUCUCUGCCUUUCCCUCAUAUGACUUCAAAAGUCAAAUCGAGUUUUGAAUAGGAGAUGGCUAUCUGUACGUUCCGCUUAGAACUCAGGGCCUGAGACCCCCGGCAUGGGACCCAGCUUGCUUUAGUAAUUGUUCAACCCCAUUCCCCCCCGACCCAAAUCGAUGUGGGUAACAAAGCAUGGAGCUCACAAACUCCUAGACUCCUUUGCACUUGUACUAGUACUAGAUCUGUUGGAAAUAUUCCGGUGAAGAGUUUGCCAGGAUGCCAUUUAGAACCCUCCUUACCCAGGGAUUUGAUAAAGGGGCUAUUGUAUAUAGGUUGCAGGCUAAAAUUUAGCCCAAAAUCUCAACCUGGAGAAUCACUUUUGUUUCUGUUGUAUAGGCCUUGUGGGAUACAUGGUUGCAUUUUUUUAAUCUACCUGUUUUAAGUUAAGGAUUGCAAAAAACAUGACCGUUUUCUGAUUCGUAGCAUGCAUUUGUGCUCAACGAUCAAUGCAAAUGUAUAUCCAAUAUUUCAGGUUUUUCAAAUCCUAGAAGAGAUUUUGCAAAAGGCAUGCCUGAUAAGCAUUGGCUCUGCAUGCGUACCAUCUAUUGUAGUAUGUUAGUAUUGCUAACCCGUCGCUGGGGUCCCUAUUAAGGAAGCCAUGAAUGCUCAAGCUGGGUUUGCUAACCUGUUUUUGAACACUGUAGGGUUGGGUGUUGGAAAUUCGCAUUUACUGCAGUAAAACCGGCUCCCCAAAGCGUAGUCCAGAAAUACUGAGUCUCUUAAGAGACCCAUCAGAGGGACACCGAGAGAGAUGGAGCACUGAAGUCCCAAAGUGGUUCUCCCAUUUCAGUGUACUAAAGGCGAUCGCACUCCCUCCUCUCCUCCCCCACCCAAAACAAUGGAAAUUUAAACUGUGCGAUAAUACUCGUAUACCUGCUAGAGAAAGGAGUUUCUGGAUUUAGUUGAAACUGCAGCUUGUCGCAAUUUAGGGGAAGCAGCAUGGCAUAAUGGACAGAGCACGGGCCUGGGAGUCAGAAGGUCAUGGGUUUUAAUACUG